AUGGCCCCCGCGCGCGUCAUCGCGAUCGUGUUCGCCAUGGACGCCGAGGCGCGGCCGUUGAUCGACGCCCUCGGGCUCGCCCCGAACCCACGCGCGUUCGCGCGCGUCGCCGGCUCGGUGCCGAUGCGAUGUCACAGCGGCCGCACGGCCGAAGGCGCGGACGUCCACGUCGUGACGAGCGGCACGUGCGAACGACACGGCGUGUGCAACGUCGGUACCGUCGGUGCGGCGCUCUCGACGUACGAGACGUGCGCGAGCCUGAAGCCGGACGUGAUCGUGAACGCGGGCACGGCGGGGGGAUUCGCGAAGCGCGGCGGACGCGUGGGCGACGUCUACCUGGCGACGACGUUUAAGAAUCACGAUCGACGGAUCCCGAUCCCGGGAUACGACGCGUACGGGGUCGGGGAGUACGAGGCGUGGCCGACGCCGAAAUUGGCGGCGAUGCUGGGGUGUAAACGCGGGACGGUGUGCACGGGGAACUCGCUCGACGCGACGGAGACGUGUCGAAAGUUGUUGGAUGAACACGACGCGUGCGUGAAAGAGAUGGAGGCGGCGGCGAUCGCGCACGUCGCGCACUUGUUUAAGGUUCCCAUGAUCGCGGUGAAGACGAUCACGGACAUCGUCGAUGGGCCGCACGCGACGCAGGAGGAGUUUUUGGCCAACCUCGCGAGCGCGGCGGCGGCGCUCAAGGACGUCCUCCCCAAGGUCAUCGCCUUCAUCGACGGUCGCGAUAUGAACGAUUUAUAA